UUCCAGGAGCAAGCCCCGGGGUCCUGUGUCCAUUUGCUGAUGCAGAAUAUUAAAAUUACGAAACGUCUUGAGAGAGGGCAUGGAUUUUCCAGGAAGUGGACUUUAACCCAGCAUUGUGAGCAGAAAGUCUUUCUCCUGGUAGCUGUGUUUAAUGCAAAGAAAAACCUUACGAUGUCUGGAUUACACACAGGGGGAACGUUGUGGAUUUGAAAACUGCCAAGUGAGACAAAAGGGAAAAAACAAAGAAGAAAAAAGAUCCCUGCUGCUCACACCUCAGGAUGUACAGAAACAACAGCCUGUUUGACUCCAGGGACUAUGAGGGGCCUUUCCUGUCCAAUGGGUUCCUUCGUGAUGAGCCCUCGUCAGAGAGGUCCAGCCUGUCACGCCCCAGUGCCAAGGCCAUUUACAAGCAGAGGAAGGAGUAUGCAGAGUCAAUAACCAGACAACCAGACAACUUCCAGUUCCGGGUGGAGCACCUGUUCACAAGCGAGCUGGACAACAGGGAGGUGCACACCGUCGACGACUGCAUCUCCCAGCUCAAGCAGCUGGACGCCCAGGGGCGGGUCUGGGGUCAGGACAUGCUCCUGGAGGUGCAGGGGAGCAGCCUGCAGCUCACCGACAUCGAGACCAAGGAGGAGCUGGAGUCCUUCCCCCUCCGUGCCAUAGUGGAGGUGAAGGCCGUGCUGCACAGCUGUGUGUACGACUCCAUCCUGACCAUCACCGUGCAGGAGCGCAACAAGAGUCGGACCAGCGUCUUCCUCUUCCAGUGCGAGGAAAUGGGGGCAGAGCAUGUCAGGGCAGACUUGGACAAGGCUAUUAACCAGAGGAGAGAGGAAACAGGGAACCAGGACAAUAUCCGGGACAAUCUGGAGAACAUCAUUGGCCAGCAGGGCCCGAGGCAACAACGCAACAAGCCGCCUCCCCUGCUGCCUCCCAUGGACAGGUGGUCUGGACCAGAACCACACUCGUCACAGUGGACCACUCCAGAUUAUGAGGAGGACAACCACUCCCAACAAUUCACGCCCCAGGAGGAACCACAGUAUAUGCCAGAGGAGCCCCCAGACCUGCAGAAAGCUGAGUUAGAGAGGAACGUGGAGAUCCUGAACCACGUGCUGAACGAUGUGGAACUCUUUAUUGGCCAAGUGGGGGCAGUGGUGGCACAGACCCCAGGGAAGGAGAAGGAAAAGAAGAGCAAAAAAAAUAAAAGUAAAAAAAAUGCUCCUGUACAGGGAUUACCAUCGACAGGGGAGUUCGCCUCCUGUAUGCAGAAAAUCAAAUAUGGAUUCAAUCUCCUGGGGAAGCUGAAUGGCAAGAUCCACAAUCCCAGUGCACCUGACUUUGUCCAUAUCCUCUUCUCAGCUUUGGGUUUUCUUACAUCUAAUUGCCCCUGGAGAGACCUUCCGCCUUCAGUCCUCACCCCCCUGCUCACGCCACCAGCCAUCCAGCUGUUGAGGCAGGAGGUCAGUCCCGAGGAGGACCAGCUGUGGUGCUCGCUGGGUGAUGCCUGGAAUGUGCCCAGAUCACAGUGGCCAGACGGCAAUAACAUCCCUCCCUAUAUCCCCGAGUUCUCUGAUGGCUGGCAGCCACCAACUCCAGUGAUACCACCCACUGCAAACCACGCCAGCAUGAGGCGGGAGGGUCGCCGGGACGUCCCAGAGAGGGAGAAUAUGUUCACGCCUGAACAGAUGUCUUUACAAUGUCUGUUUCUCUGUCACAGCUCCAAUGAGAACCCUCGUUACAUGCGUGUGAUGUAUGAUUUCAUGGCCAGGAACAACCAGGAGCUGAGCAUCAUGAAAGGGGAUAUAGUGCAGGUUCUGGAUGACUCCAGGCAGUGGUGGAGGGUGCGCAAUAUCCGUGAGGAAGAAGGCUUUGUGCCACACAACGUUCUGGAGUCCAUGGAGGAGAAUCCGCAGGCCGAGUACCAGGAUGUGCUGAAUCCUCCAAGUCUGAACAAGACUUCCAAGCCUCAGGAAGUGAAAGCCUGGUUGGAAUACAAGGGCUUUUCCAAAAUAACGGUACGCUGUCUGGGCGUGCUCAGUGGGUCUCUGCUCCUGGGAAUGACGCGUGACGAGCUGAAGUCGGUUUGUCCAGAGGAAGGUGGAAGGGUCUUCUUCCAGCUGCAGGCUGUCAAGUCUUCACUAGCACUUGCCAGUGAAAGUGGACAAGACCCAUACUAUCGCUGAGCAUGGAGAGACUACAGCUGAGCUGUGAAACUCUUAAGAGACAGGUUGUCUGUGCACUCACAAUCCUGUUUGUUACCAUCAAAGUCCCCCGUCCCCUUCAAAAACUAAAAGUCAUUUUUGUAAAACUGGUUCAUUGGUAGUGCUGGUAGUUCUGCACUGCAUUAUAACCCAGUGGGCCCACUAGCUUCUCUUCUACAUGUUGGACUCAUUGAUGUACAUGUGGAUCUCAGUUAGAAAUCUCUGAGAACACAUAUACAACAAUAAAGAAGGAGUUUGUGUUAAAUGAGAAGACAAAUAUAAAGUUGAAGUGGUGUAUUUUUGCAUGAUAUACCAGUGCACUUCUGAUUAGAGUGGUAUGUAGAAUCUGCUCUGAAAACACAUUUCUCUUGUUAAGGACUUAGUGAUACUAAUAUAUCAAUGGCAUGAAAAAUUCAGUAACAAUUACUGUAACAAAUUUUAAAACUGUAACAACAUGUUUAUAUAAACCAAAUGCAUAAACAAUGUACAUAAAUUGCCCUUUCUGGAAAAAAUGGCAUUCUUACAAAACGAGUUUGUCAUUUAUUAAAAGUGUUGUGAAGAUGAACCAUUAAUCAAUUCCAAUAAAAAAGCCCUUCACUGUGAUCACACUUUUAAAAACUUACACAGGUUUAAUUACUAAUUGACAAGAGCGCUACAUUGCUAUACCAACAGCAAAGAUAAAUUAUUAUAUUUAAAUUGUAAAAAUAAUCUGCAUGCAUCCUUCCUGUAAUUCACAGCUGUUAACUACCCUGCCUAGAAAUGUAAAAAUUUUACAAAGUUCUAACUUAUUAAUCGCUUGUAUUUAUAGAGCAAUAAAGCAAUCACACCCUUAACUUUUAA